GCCACAGAGUUUAAUCCUUUUUCGUGUAUUUAUUUAUUUUAUUGAAAUUUUUUUUUGCUUUCCCAUUAAUUGCUUCUCCUUGCCGAUAUGUAUGUCGCUGCGAGACCCGAUGAAGACCUGCAACCAAAAAAACCUGGAACCACCCGGUUCGUCUGUAUGUCUGACACUCACUCGAAAAUCGACUUUCAAUUUGUUAUACCGGACGGUGAUGUGUUUGUCCACGCCGGUGAUUUAACACGCCGUAGCUCCAUCCAAGAAUUCAAAGAAACAAUAGCAUGGCUUGGUGCUUUACCACAUCGUUUGAAGAUCGUGACUGGAGGUAAUCAUGAUCAUAUUCUGGAUGAACGUUUCGGAUACAUCGAGGAAAAACAAUACGUGCUCAGCCGGAUGCAGCAAGCCAAUAUCACUUAUCUCGAGCACGAAUCAUACCUUCUUCCACCUGACCUGGGUGGGUAUAAGAUGUUUGUCAGUCCAUAUGCUCCUAUCCACUUGGGUGGUGCUUUCAUGCCGCGGAAUCUACAGCCUUACUGGGAAAAAAUCCCAUCAGAUACACAAGUGCUUGUCACGCACACACCACCCUACGGUUAUCAAGACAGAAUAAUACGGGGUAAUCGGCAUGUUGGUUGUCCUCAUUUACGCGCCAAGAUCGAUCAAAUUCGUCCUAAAGUGUCUAUUUUUGGACAUAUUCAUGAGUCUCACGGAGUCGCUUUUUCAGAACACACAUUGUUCGUAAAUGCUUCGGCGUGCAAUGCUCGAUAUCGUGCCAAUCAACCACCUAUAGUAUUCGAUCUCUGAAUGCCCCAAUCCUUUUCGCAACUUGUAUACGAAAAAUGUCCCCAACGUCCUCUUUUUAUUCCCGUUUUCUCAAACAAAAAGAUCAGCGUUUCAGCUGACUGCAUAUGGCACUGAAAAAACUGCCAUCUCUUUGGCAGUUGCAUCAAUCAAUGGAAAUGAAUUACAUACAACGAAGGAAAACUGUCUAUAUAUUUGCACUCACUUGUUUAAACAGAGAACAAUACACGGCUCGUAAUAAACCGCGACAAUG